GGAAAAGGAGAUUUUGCGAUCUACCACUAAAAUGAGAGAAAAAUCAAUUUGCAACAACAAGUAGGAUUGAAAGAUCACUGAUAUUGUAGGCCAUUCUUGAAUAAUGCUAUUUUUAGACGCUUUACGUACACUUGAAAAUGAUAUCGUUUUAUUGGUCUCUCUUAAACAAAAUCGUAUCGCACAUCAAAUGUUAAGCGAAGAAUUUGAGACAGGUUGUGAAUUUGUUAUUGAUCGGAAAAGUCAAAGUUUGAGUUUCCAUAAUAACGAUGUCGAAAGAAUCUGCAAUUUAGAACUUAGCAACGACUAAUGGUUUCUACAUGAAUAUCGAUCAAACUUCUUACAAGUCGUUUCAUUUAAUUCGCGAUUACGGUAAGUGAAGAUUUCCAAGUCAGUCGACGAGAUUUCGCGACGCUCUUAGUCGUCUCUCAUUAUGGAAAACGUUCGAAAGGAAUUGACGAGAAGAAUCGUUAACAUAUGCAAAGCGAGAGAAACACCCGUAACCAAGGAUUUAACCUCGUUUUUGCUUUCCCUGUACCAGCUGAAUCCGACGUAUCGAAUUAAGGAAAAAGACGAGGAGAACAAUACGAAAAUAUUCGAUGCUAUCACGGAGAGGUUAUGUGAUCAAAGCAAGCCAAGUCUGACGACUUUGAAAAAUCAACUAUACUUCGCCAAGCAUUAUCACGAAAGAGAUGAAACAGUCAAGAGACAUCGAUUACGACUGCACCAAAAAACUGGACCUUUGGUGGCAGAAAUUUGCGAAACUGACAAAUUGAAAGGUGCAAAAGACACGGAAAAGUUGUACCAGAAAAUCUUGGUAGUCAUAACACUUCUGAGUGGUCUAGGAAGUCCUACAAUUCCUUCUGUUCUGAGGGAGGUAUCGGUGGCGUUGCAGAGCGUCUUCCAGGCUUCUGAGUUGACUCGCUACGUGACUUUACCGAAACGCGAGAAAGAGGAACAACUGAUGGAGCUGAUGUGCAUAGUCGCGGGUAUCCGAUUGUUCAACAGGGACUGUCAACGCGGUGGCGAGGGAAUCGAUGAUCUGCCGAGCAUCUUACAAGAGGCUCUAACGAAGACUCGCAACUCUAUACUCGAGUUGUUAGAGCCGUUAAUGGCCAAAGUAUACAAGUUCACGGCUGCUGUGGAAAACGCUAUCGCGUACGCAUCAUCGACCGACGCUUCCUCGGAUGCUGCGUGUUUCAGCAACUCGAGAGAAGUGGCCGAGACAUCCACCGCCAGGGAAAACGUCGUAUGGGCUAUUGAGAUGCUGACGGCUAGUCGCCAGCAAGAGAUCUACAUCAGAAAGCUGUUAAGCGACGUUGAGAGCAGCGAGAACGCGGUGAAAAAUCUGAUGGAACGUCUUCGGGGACGAUUCUUUAAGCUGCACGAUACCGUCAGAUACAGAACGGCUAUUCCCACCGCUCAAGUCUACCCGCAAUUUAUCGAUUUGGCGGAUAUAUGGAUGGGACUGCAAGACGAGGUGAUCAUUUUGAGUAACGUCAAUAACUUCCUAUGGGAAUUACAGAGUUUGAGUAAUAAGACCGUAAACGUUUACGAUCAAACGAAGUUAGAGGACAUAGCCGAGGAUGUGGACAUCUUGACUGAUGCUGAAAGAUUGGAACGUUCUAUGGGCAACUUGAUAACGGAGUGCGGCGAAUGUCUAAUAUAUUACCCCAAUGUUACUAAGGACUUCGAGAAGAUCAAUUUGGAGUUUCUAGGAUUUUGCGCAUGGACGUUCACCACAGGUAAGGGGGCCUUAAUACCGGGUAAUCCGAAUAACGGUGUGGCAAAGUGGCGAGGAAAGUAUUACGCCUUCAAAUCGUCCAAGGCAGCCAUCAAGUUUGGAGAGAAUCCCGACAGGUACGUUUACGAGGCGCUCGAUUUCGUUCGCAACCAUCCGGAGUACAUACACCUAUUCAAGUUGCACGAAGAAAUCGAAGCUAUGCAGAAUCAAGAGGAGUUUACUAAGGAAGGCCUGCAAUUAAAGGUCCGUCAUAAUCAAAAGGUUCAAACGGAUGUUCACAUACUUCCCCCUUACAUCGAUAAAGAUUAUACUUCCAGCAUUUGGGAACUUAAGCGCAGAGCUUUAAACUUGGCAAACAUAAGUCGAUGUACGACACGCAGCACACAGACGUUCAACUCGCACUUUCGAUAUGCUGUUUACGUACAAGCAGCUCCGCCUCAGGAUAAGGAAGUUCAAACCAGAAGAGAUAACUGCACGAACACGAAGAACCUUAAGACGUUCAUAUUUGGGCUGCGAGGCAGGCGGGAUGACAAUCAACAUAUCAUAUCGUUCUUGGAAGAUGAACUUGAGCACUUGUAAAAUUAAAGUAAAUGAUGACCUGGUGUACGUCAAUAUAAUCAUGAGAUAUACACGUAAAUAAAACGUUUUAAUAACAAUAUUGGUCGUAGUAAAAAUGCUAACACAAUUACAUGUACACAACAUCGUUAAUUAUCAAACUCGUGUGACUAAUUCAAACAUACAUUAAAGGAUGCAUGUGUCGGGCAACAUUUAAAGGAGCGCCAGAGGAAACAAUCGAAAUAAACAGCACGCAUUACGCAAUUAAAAAAAAAACCAAAGCAAUACUUUUUAAUGACAUUCCCAAAUACAAUUCACGGAACAUUACAGUUUAAACCAUCCAUCUUUCCGGGUUUAGAAAACGAAUCUGCAUUAUAAUUUAUCAUUCCGUGUGCACGUAUCAUUUUCUUGGCGUAUAUAGCGCUUUCCUGAUCAUCAAACUGCAAUGAUUUCAUUCAUGUGGCUUUUUUCGUGAUAGAGAGACUUAGGCCUGCAUUUCUUUAAUUUAUAUUCAAAAUACACAAAUUUUACACAUGUCGAAGCUCGGACAGACUUGCGUGGCUAUUUUCCGCGCUCCGUGAGCCUAUUAUAUUUCCUACGCUUCAACAUUGUGCAGUGAUCGCUGCACUAUGAUUUUAUAUGCUUAUAUCGUACCUUUUAGUGAAUAUAUUGUUUUAUCAUUAGAUCUUAAACAUUAGGUCAAUUUUUACACCAAGAAACCUAUAUUACGACAAUAAUUAGUAAUUACACGAUAAUACAAUUAAACUUUGCUUACAAUUUCAGUGUAUAAUGUAGCUAUUAUACAGAAGAGGUACAGGAUGUUGAUUUUUCGCAUAUCUUUUCUUUGUUUUCCGUGCUCCUUUUCAAUGUCCACACACAUUUCCUCCCUUUUAGGGGCAAAAUUGUCUGACACUUUAUUACAUCCAUUAUCCAAGAAUCAUCAACAUUGCAUUUAACAUAAAAGGAGGAGAAAGAAACGACAAAAGUAUCACGCAGUUCGUUAUAGAAAAAAAUAUUAAGAUCAUCAAGACAAGAGCAUAAAAAAGGUAUAUUUGUAAUCUGCUUCAAACAAACUGAAAGAGCAACUACUACUGUUGUAAUUUAAUCGAUAGUAACAAAUGUCGCUGGUGAAAAUGUCACGG